AUGGAUGAGAUAGAGGUUGAGAACAAGAUAAGGAGUAAAGUAAGUGGAACAAGGGCAAUUUUUGAGGAUGAGAAGGCAGAAUUGUAUCAGUUAUUGGGUAAAAUCAAAGAUGUGUUUCCUGAAAAACCAGGGAAGGUGACUAAUGUUAAGUAUUCACUCAAAGUGAAUCUGCAUGAACCCAUUAAGGGGCAUUGGCUUUUAACAUAUAUGAAUACUAAUACAGGAAAACAACUACAAAGUGAUAUUACCUUAAAAAUAAAUGGAAAAUUAGUCUCCAGUGGGAAAGAAACAGCAGAGGAAUUCAAUAACUACUUUACAGAAACAGUAGAAAACCUGGCUAACCAUCUUAAAAAUAGCUGUCCCUUCCAACUAGAACCAAACUUAUGCUCUGAGACUCAAUUUUUAAGGCCUACAUCUGAAAUUGAAAUAGAAAAGACACUUCAUAGCAAAAUUUUUAAAAAAAAAUCAUCUGUUGGACAAGAUCAAAUUCCGUGCUUCCUCCUUCAUAAUUGCAGUAACUUUAUCAGUAAACCCGUAGCCCACAUAAUAAACUUCUCAUUCCUGAAUGGUGCAUUUCCUGGUAUGCUCAAAAUUGCAAAAAUUAUACCCGUCCACAAAAAAGGAAGCAAAGAGGAUCCCACUAAUUAUCGACCCAAUGCACUGCUUUCAACUUUUAGUAAAGUAUUUGAAUAUAUAAUGGCCACCAGAAUCAUGUCCUUUCUAGACAAAGAAAAUAUCCUGUCACCUGCUCAGUUUGGCUCCCAAAGUAAGAAAGCUACAACUGAUGCAAUACAAGAAUUUCUAGAUCAUGCACUGGAGCUUGUGGACAAAAAACUCCCAGCCAUAGGUAUCUUCCUAGAUCUAACAAAGGCCUUCGACAUGGUUAAUCAUAGUAUACUUUUGCAAAAGAUGCAUUCCUAUGGAAUAAGAGGAAAUGCCUAUGACUGGUUUAAAAGCUAUCUGGAAGAUCGACAGAGUAUGUUGAAUUAA